AGUUGAGCUGCAACUUGCGCAAAUGGCAGAGCAGCUUAAGCUUCAAGGGUUGCUCCUUUUGCUGCUUAUAUCCUCACUUUGCCUCAACUUCCAUUGUUCAUUCGCAGAAAUCAUUUUUGAGGAGCGUUUCGAAGAUGGGUGGAAAAGCCGUUGGGUUAUGUCCGACUGGAAAAGAAGUGAAGGUAAAGCAGGUUACUUUAAACAUGCUGCUGGAAAGUGGCAUGGAGACCCAGAUGAUAAAGGAAUUCAGACAUCUAGUGAUGCCAAACAUUUUGCCAUUUCUGCAAAGAUACCGGAGUUCACUAACAAGAACAGAACAUUGGUCCUCCAAUAUUCUGUAAGGUUUGAGCAGGAAAUCGAAUGUGGUGGGGGUUACAUAAAGCUUAUGUCUGGAUUUGUUAAUCAGAAGAAAUUCAGUGGGGAUACUCCAUACAGUUUAAUGUUCGGACCAGAUAUUUGUGGAACGGACACAAAGAAACUCCACGUUAUACUCUCCUACCAAGGCCAGAAUUACCCCAUCAAGAAGGAUUUACAGUGUGAAACUGACAAGUUAACUCAUUUCUACACGUUUAUUCUAAGGCCUGAUGCAACUUAUAGUGUCCUCGUUGACAAUAGAGAAAGGGACUCUGGAAGCAUGUAUACAGACUGGGAUAUUCUUCCACCAAGAAAGAUCAAAGAUGUCGAUGCAAAGAAGCCUGCAGAUUGGGAUCUUAGAGAAUAUAUUGAUGAUCCUAAUGACAUUAAGCCUGAGGGAUAUGAUUCAAUUCCAAAAGAAAUUCCAGAUCCAAAAGCUAAAAAGCCCGCUGACUGGGAUGAAGACGAGAGUGGUCUAUGGAGAGCUCCAAAGGUACCUAAUCCAGCUUACAAAGGACCAUGGAGACGCAAGAGAGUCAAGAACCCUAACUAUAAAGGGAAAUGGAAGACUCCUUGGAUUGAUAAUCCGGAGUUUGAAGAUGACCCUGAUCUUUAUGUGCUUAAGCCGAUUAAGUAUGUUGGUAUUGAGGUUUGGCAGGUAAAGGCUGGUUCAGUUUUCGACAACAUUUUAAUUUGUGAUGACCCAGAGUAUGCAAAACAAGUUGUUGAGGAAGUAUUUGCUAAUAGAGAGGCUGAAAAGGAAGCUUUUGAAGAAGCGGAGAAAAGGAGGAAAGCACAAGAAGAAGAGGAAGCUCAAAGAGCAAGAGAAGAAGGUGAAAAGAGGAGACGAGAAAGGGGUCAUGAUCGACGGUAUCGAGACAGACAUAGAGACAAAUACAGAAGGCAUCGUGAUUGGGACGAUUAUGAUCAUGAUGAGCUAUGAUUUGAUGGUGUUGUCUUCUUGGUCUUGGUUCCAUAUAUACAACAGAUUCUAUCACUUAUUUUCGAUGUAAUAACUUAUUUGCGAUCUGUGCAAUGCACGCUCUUGUCACUUUUAUUUUUCGCAGUAUGUAUGCAUUUUCCUUUGCCUUUAUUAGGUUCCACAUGUAACUAUAGAGUAUCGAUUGUUGAAGAAGCAGUAGUUACCCUACAGGCUACAGCCUUGGCUUAAAAUUGCUAUAAUCAAUAACAGAAGAGAAAUGACAUUAGUUGUUGUCAAUGUUAUACAUUUUGCAUAGUUGGAC